AUGAGAUGGUUCAACGGCUUAAGGGUCAAUUCUAUUAAAUCCUUCAAAAAGCUGACCCGGGCUUUUAGUGCUCGCUUUAUCACAUGCAGCAGGGUUCCUCGGCCUUUGGGAUCUUUGCUGAUUAUGUCUAUGCGAGAAGGCGAGACUCUCAAAACUUAUUCGGAUAGGUACUGGGAAAUGUUUAAUGAAAUAGAAGGAAAGAACGAUGAUGUGGCCAUAAGUACUUUCAAAGCUGGCCUCCCAGCCGAUCACGAUUUAAGGAAAUCCCUGAUGGGUAAACCUGUUAUCAGUGUACAUCAGUUGAUAGACAGGAUAGAUAAGUACAGAAGAGUAGAGGAGGAUCAACUUCAGGGAAAAGGAAAGGCCAAGGUAAUCCCUCAGGAGAGGAUGGAUUUCAGGUCAGAUCGUUAUAACAAUAACCGACCUCGGAAGGACUUCGUCGGGCAGUCGGGUUCUGCGGACACCUAG